UUCAAAAUAAAGCAAUUAUUUCACGAGACAUCAGUUGUUUACAUUCAGGGAGAAUAAAUUAUGAAAGAAUAAAAAAAAAAAAUAACACUUGAUAGCUAUGUUGAUAGUCAAAACUUUUAUUAAACAGUUUGAGUUGUUUAAUAAAUGUAAUACAAUAAGCGUAGGUUAGUAAACGAUUUGUAGCGCACAAUAAGUGGUUAAAACGAAAAAUGAACAGCGAAAAAUUACCUCCGCAUCGGAGCAAUCCGAUUAUUAAAACUUUGGACACUCCAGAAUUCAAGUCAAUAUUUAACCAAGAAUUAAAUGAUUUGGUUGCAUUAUUCAAGAAAUAUAAUUAUGAAAUAAGAAUAGCUGGUGGAGCAGUACGGGACAUUGUAUCUGGUAUGAACCCUAAAGAUCUUGAUUUUGCUACUACUGCAACACCAGAUCAAAUGAAAGAAAUGUUCACUAAAGAAGAAAUCAGAAUGAUUAAUACUAAUGGAGAAAGACAUGGCACAGUAACUUCUAGAAUUAACGAUAAGGAAAAUUUUGAAGUUACAACUCUAAGGAUAGAUGUAGCGACAGAUGGAAGGCAUGCUGAUGUUGAAUUCACAACUGAUUGGCUCUUGGAUUCCAGUCGCAGAGAUCUUACAAUAAAUUCUAUGUUUUUAGAUUUUGAUGGAAAUAUAUAUGAUUAUUUCUAUGGCUAUGAUGAUCUACUAAAAAAAAGAGUAGCAUUUGUUGGAGAACCAGCUCAGAGAAUUACUGAAGAUUAUUUAAGAAUUUUCAGAUACUUCAGGUUUUAUGGUAGAAUUUCUGAGAGUCCUGAUAACCAUGAUGAACCAACAAUUCAAGCUAUCAAGGACAAUGUUGAUGGUCUUGAGAGAAUAUCUGGUGAACGAAUUUGGAGUGAGUGGAGUAAGAUUUUGGCUGGAAAUUUCCACAAAGAACUAACAAAAAAAAUUAUUGAAUGUGGUUGCGGUAAAUACAUGGGUCUUCCACAGAAAUUAAACUUACAACAUUUUGAUGAAGUUUGUGAAAGAGCUCAGAAAAAUAAUAUUAAAUUAAAGCCUGCUUCAUUGGUUGCUGCAUUAUUGCAUACACAAGAAGAAGUGAUGGAUGCAUUUGCUAGACUGAAGUUUACAAAUUAUGAUAGAAAUUUAGCUGUAUUUAUUGUAUCUAAUAGAGAUAUUGCUUUGGAUAAGAAUCCGCUGAAACCUUACCAGAGUUUGGUAUUAAAAACAAUUGGAAAAACAUCAGAUGCCAGAGAAUAUUGUUGUGAAUUAUUGAAAUACAAAGGUUCAUUAGAUUUAUUACAAGAAUUUGAAAAGUGGAAUGUUCAAUUUCCUAUAAAUGGAAAAAUGGUAAUGCCUUAUGUUAACCAAAACCACAAAAUCAUUGGUGACAUUAUUCAAAGUUUAAAAGAUGUUUGGUUAGAUAGUGAUUGUAAAAUGUCUGCAGAAGAAUUAAAAACUUAUAUUCCAAAUAUAGCUACUAAAGCAUUAUCUGAAUGGGAGGAGAAGAGAGAAAAACUACAAAAACUUCGAAAUAAUCAGAAGAAAAAAAAUUCUAAAUAAUGUUCAUGUUGAUUGUAUGAUUUCUGUAAAUAAAUUUGUUGUAUUUUGAUAAUGGA